AUGUCUAAUAAAAACUUAGGGAAUAAAAAGACGUUUACCUAUUUAACAUAUACAUGGAUGAAUUUCUAAAGGGGCUAUUUCAUAAGUUUUAUUUUAAAGUCAACUUUUUGGGAUAUAUAGAUGACAUCGUUUUUUAAUUAGGUAAAGGAAAAUCGCCACCCUAUUACAAAAAAAAGAAGAACAUUAAGUUUAAUGGAACUUGAAAUCAAAUAAAAGGUAAUGCGGCAUCUUACCAAUAAAACGUAAUAUCUAUAAGGAUUACAUCCUAAAAAUAGUUAUAGAUACCUUGGAAUAGAGGUUUUAUUUAAUAUGGUCUUAUAAAACUCACUUUAAACAGUUUAAAACAAAGAUAAAUUUUAUUAGGUACAAAACUAAUGCAUCUAACAUUAAGAAUGA